AUGCAACAGGAAAUCUAGGAAGAAGAAAAAAAAUAUGAAGUAAAAAUAUAAUUUGAAUAAUAUCAUUCAGAAUUGAUUGAAUAAGUAUUAUCAGUUGAUAAUGAAGAUUGUAUAUUACAAAUGAAUAGCAUUGGUAAAUUAAAGAAAUAAAUUUAGGAAAUUAAUUGGUGUUAACUUUUAAGAGUAAUGACGCAAAAAAAGUGAGAUCUUCUGUUAAACAUACAAUCGAUUAACUAUUGCUUGUUCUUGAGACUAUAAAUUAUGCAAAAAAAUGA